GAUAUCUGAGGAUUUGAUAAUAUCUCUCAUAUACAAUAUUUAAAGAGUUAUGUUAUUAAAUUGUCAAUUUAGCGGAAGUUGGAUUCUCGUUUUAGCGUCACGUAUCCCAUUACUACUCAUCCAUGAUCCAUCCCAUGACAAGAAAAGCUGAGAUGUCAGAAACAAAUUGAAAAGGAGAAAAUUAGAAUGUAGCUCACUUACUAAUGGCGCUCUGGACUGAUCAGCUGUCACAUGCAUGGACUUUGCCCAACGUGACUACAUUUAAACCAAACUGCACCCUCAUUCACUACAUAUCCCGCGCCCUUUCCACACAUGUAUGCACUACCAAGCUUCCAGACUCACUCUCACUCUCACUCUCACUCCCACUCCCACUCACUCUCUGAGUUUCUUCCAAGUCCCUACAUGGAAAACUGCAGAAAAUCUCCAUUGAAGCCAUGGAAGAAAGGCCCUACAAGAGGCAAAGGCGGGCCUCAGAACGCCUCGUGUGAAUAUCGAGGCGUUCGACAAAGAACUUGGGGCAAAUGGGUUGCCGAAAUCAGAGAGCCAAAGAAGAGAACCAGGCUCUGGUUGGGCUCAUUCGCCACGGCCGAAGAAGCUGCCAUGGCUUAUGAUGAGGCUGCCAGGAGACUCUACGGCCCUGAUGCUUUUCUCAAUCUUCCUCACCUGCAACCCAACUCCUCCAAUCCUUCACUCAAAUCACAAAAGUUCAAAUGGUUCCCUUCCCAGAAUUUCAUUUCCAUGUUUCCUCCUUGUGGAAUGCUCAAUAUUAAUGCUCAACCAAGUGUUCAUGUCAUUCAUCAGAGGCUCCAAGAGCUUAAGCAAAAUGGGGUUUAUGGUCAAACUACUCCCUCCUCUAGUUCAUCUUCCUGUGAUUCAAAACCCGAGGCUCACACCACAAUGGACAAAACCCCGAAAGAAAAUGUAGCAGAGAAUAAGGAGAAAGAUGUAGAAAUUACGUUGGAGAAAGUUGUGGGAGGAAAGGAGGAGAAGCCACAGAUUGAUCUCAAUGAGUUUCUUCAGCAGUUGGGUGUGCUCAAGAAAGAGAGACGAUCAGAAGAAUCCGACACCACAACAAGUUUUGCAGCUCCCGAAUCUUCGAUUACAGAAACCAGUGACGAAUUCGGACCCUUUGCUGACAAGAAUUUCAACUGGGAUGCAUUGAUUGAGAUGCAUGGAAUGGAAGACCAAGGAGCAGAAGCUGGUACCUUUCAAGUUUAUGAUGUGAACGAAGAGCUGUAUUUCCCCACUUCUAUUUGGAACUUCUGAAAUAAUAAAGUUUGUUUUUGUAGUUUCUACUGAGGAGAAGAAACUUGAUAGAUUUUGGAACUUGUUAGUCGCAUAAAAAUAGACUAGCUUAGUGGGAUUCGAGGCAACUGCUACUUCAUAACUCCUCGGCCACAUUUCUGAUCAUGUAUGAGCUGGUUGAGACCAGUUUACUCCUCUUUUAUCAGUUAUAGUGGCUUCAGGUUCUUCCCUCAGUAGUUGGAGAAGAAAUCGUGUGAUUCGCCUUACAAUGAAUCAAAAUAUCUUUUUGCUUCAUGUUUGCUUGGUUCUGAGUUG